AUGAGGGAGCCGCAGAAGGUGCACGGUCAGCGGACGGGUUGGUUCGGCACCAACUAUGGAGAACCCUAUAACACCCGCAUGUUAACGGACUCGACCCCGCUCGAGCGUAUGCCGAGAGUCCUACACUCAAUUCUAGAGAGAAUGCUUGACACUGUCGAAGAGGUCCUGGGAGAGAGGCCCUCGUUCCACGAGCUACUUACCAUUGGAAACUAUCCCAAGAUGUCCAUGGGGUGGCACAAUGACGGAGGAGCGACGGUGAGGGGAGGGAUUGUCGCCUCGACCUCUGUUGGCGGGCAUGCCACCAUGAAGUUCGGGCCGAAUAAUGUGUACCUGAUUGAUAAACGAGCCAGUCACCAGAUACGACCCUGA